AUGGAGAUAACUUCCUAAUCAGAAUCAGAAUCUAAAUCUUUGAAAAGGAUGGCACUCACAAGGACUUCUUGCUUUUUUAUCUGGCUUCUUCUCAUCAACAUUCUGGUUCUGUUCCUCAUCCUUACCAAUUCAAGCAAACUGAAUUUAACGAAUCAUGUUUCUUUAGUGAACAGGAGUGAUGAACCUUCGGCAUUGCACGUUUCUGUCGGAAAAACCACAUCUGGAUAUGACAUACAGACCAUCCGGCAAACCUUCCAAGGGCAUUCCAUCAAAUCAACAUCACAUGGCUCUGUUGAGCAAGCCUGGUUGAAUGUACAAGCUGAACGGAAGCAUCUCCUGGAGACCAAGUGUGAACUAUACCCUUUCCUGAAAAAGAACUUGACUCGAAUCGUACAUGACGAAAGGAGACUGCUCUGGCCCUUUUUAGUGGAUGACAAGUAUCAUAUAAUCUUUGGCUACGUUUCGAAGGUUGGUUCGACGAACUGGAAAAGUGCAUUUCUUGUCCUUCAAGGAAAGUACCAAAGCGUCGAAGAUGUACCGGGUGCUCUUGCACACGACCCUAGUCUCAGGAAACUCAGCUCUUACACUCCUCAAGAAAUAGAAUAUCGUCUCCAGCACUACACGAAGUUCGUAUUUGUUCGUGACCCCUUCGCACGUGUCUUGUCUGCCUAUAGGAGUAAGUUUGAUGAACGGAAUAUGUCCUUUAAGCGUUCUUUCGGCAGAGAUAUUAUCGCGCGCUUCCGACCGAAUGCAGCGGAACCAUGGGAACAGCGGCAUAAUUCGGAAGCGGAGGGCGUAAGGUUCCCAGAAUUUGUUCAAGCAAUAACGUCAGGAGGAAACAGAUUUGCUGACGGACACUGGAACCCAAUCUAUCAAAUGAUCCUACCUUGUACUGUCAAGUUUGAUUUCAUUGGCAAACUCGAAACGGCAGAUGAAGACUCUGAAAAUAUUCUGAAAUACAUAGAGGUUGACCAUCUGAUUCACUUCAUGAAAUCGCACAGAAAUCUCAGCCAAAGUGAGGAUGUCUUUCAGCAGUUCUACGCCCAGCUGUCCCCGGGGGACAUCAUUAAUCUGCAGAGAGUAUAUAAACCAGACUUCGAUUUAUUUGGAUACGACCUACUUCCUAAAAUAAAGCAGGUUUUACAGGAUGGUGAAAGAAAUACUGAGGCUCCGAUUGAUUCCUGGUUUGAGAAACAGUCUUUACGAAAGCAGCUCUUAAACGACGAAUGUCGAAGACAUCCAUCAAUAAGAAUGAACAUGACGGAUGUCAUACGAAACAAGAAAGAACUGCUAUGGCCGUACAUUGUUGACGAUAAAUACAGAAUAUUAUAUGGAUUCAUCUCCAAAGUGGGAUCAACUCACUGGAAGAGCGCUUUCCUCGUUCUGAAGGGUAAAUUCAAGAGGGUCGAGGACGUGCCAGGAUCGCGAGCUCAUGAUCCAAGUUUGAAGAAACUUAGCCAGUACAGCCCUGAAGAGAUCGAUUACCGUUUGGAAAAUUACGCUACGUUCAUGUUCGUUAGGGACCCUCUGGCGCGGGUUUUAUCUGCAUACAGGAAUAAGCUGGAAGAGAAUAAUAAAUCCUACCAAAGGACCAUUGGUCGAAGAAUCAUCAAAGCGUAUCGAGAACAUCCCUCCGAGAUGGAGCUCGAUACUGGAGCAAACGUCACCUUUGCCGAAUUCGUUCGAUUCAUUACCGAUGAAAAGAUGGCGAACAACAUGGACGGCCACUGGAAACCCAUUUAUCAAAUGGUCCUCCCGUGUAACAUUCACUAUGAUUACAUUGGCAAAUUGGAAACCGGACAGGAAGACUCCGCCAACAUUUUAAAGCAUUUAAAGGUCGACCAUCUUGUUCACUUUAAAGAAUCGACGAGGAACACGAGCCAUAGUGACGAAAUAUUCAACAAGUAUUACAAUACAAUUUCCAAAGAAUACCUCCAUAAGUUGUACGAGACGUACGCUCCUGAUUUCAAACUUUUUGGGUACUCCAUGAAUGAAGAGUUACUGCAACGGAAGAACCCUCUCCUAAACUAAAGCACUAAGACUGUUGACCACAUGUCAUGACAAAAAUUUAAAGGAAACCAAAACCCAAGAAGAGAAGUAAUCUUAUAGGAAAGAGUCAUGGGAAAGUAUAAUCCAGACUAUAUAUGUCAAGGUCAGGAGGAGAUAAUGUGAAAUAUGUAAAAUAAAGGGAAAAACCUGAAAAU